AUGUCCACGCCCUUCCUCACCCCUGCCAGCCGCGGCUGUUUUUCCGAGUUGGGAUGUCAGGACUCCGGUGGAGGUUGGAAUGCGGUACUUUGUGCGGUUCAUUUGCGCGCGGGCCGAGGAUAG